GACUGACUGAUCAAGAGCUCUCAGGCUCCGGUGCCGGCGGAGGAGGGAAACAACAUAAUGGACAGCCAAGGCAAGAAGGUAGUGGUGUGCGACAACGGCACCGGGUUUGUGAAAUGUGGAUAUGCCGGCUCCAACUUUCCAGAGCACAUCUUCCCAGCUUUGGUGGGACGACCUGUGAUCCGAUCUACUGCCAAAGUGGGAAACAUUGAGAUUAAGGAUCUAAUGGUCGGAGAUGAAGCCAGCGAGUUGCGCUCCAUGCUGGAAGUGAACUACCCAAUGGAGAAUGGGAUAGUGCGGAAUUGGGAUGAUAUGAAGCACCUUUGGGAUUACACGUUUGGCCCAGAAAAACUGAACAUAGACACAAGAGACUGUAAAAUCCUUCUUACAGAGCCCCCCAUGAAUCCAACUAAAAACCGUGAAAAGAUUGUUGAGGUAAUGUUUGAGACCUACCAAUUCUCCGGUGUUUAUGUGGCAAUACAGGCUGUACUCACAUUAUAUGCACAAGGUCUGUUGACUGGUGUUGUGGUUGAUUCUGGAGACGGUGUCACUCACAUCUGCCCUGUGUACGAAGGCUUUUCUCUGCCUCACCUCACCAGGAGGCUAGAUAUAGCUGGCAGGGAUAUCACCCGCUACCUUAUAAAGUUGCUCCUGCUGCGAGGGUAUGCUUUCAACCACUCUGCUGAUUUUGAGACCGUUCGUAUGAUGAAGGAGAAGCUUUGCUAUGUGGGAUACAACAUCGAACAGGAGCAGAAACUUGCACUGGAGACAACAGUCCUCGUGGAGUCUUACACACUUCCAGAUGGCAGGGUUAUUAAAGUCGGUGGCGAGCGCUUUGAGGCACCAGAAGCUCUGUUCCAGCCGCAUCUUAUCAAUGUAGAAGGCGUUGGCGUUGCUGAGUUGCUGUUCAACACCAUUCAGGCAGCUGACAUUGAUACUCGGGCAGAGUUCUACAAGCACAUUGUGUUGUCGGGGGGCUCCACAAUGUAUCCAGGGUUGCCUUCCCGUUUAGAGCGAGAACUUAAACAGCUCUAUUUGGAGCGAGUCCUGAAAGGAGAUGUUGAAAAAUUAUCGAAAUUUAAGAUCCGUAUUGAAGAUCCUCCCCGCCGCAAGCACAUGGUGUUCUUGGGUGGAGCAGUAUUAGCCGACAUCAUGAAAGACAAAGACAACUUCUGGAUGACGCGCCAAGAGUACCAAGAGAAAGGCACGCGCGUUCUGGAGAAACUUGGCGUGACUGUACGAUAAACACAACUGCCAUUGCCCGUCGCUUCUCUAAAGCUUUUCCUUAUUUCCUUUAUUGCCAAUCUUUGAACUCAUUCAGUUCCAUGACUUUUCUUGGAAAGGCCUGUCUGGGUCCUUUUGACCUAAAGACGGGAGUUUUUUUUUUUUUUUGUCCUGGUUUCCUGAGGAGAGCUUUGCUUCCGUGUUUGUUUAUGUAGCUCGGUUUGACUCAGUAAUAUGCCGUGUCUUUACAAACACAAAGCUCUAGCCACAGAGCCGAACCGCUCCACAUUAUCCGUUCUUGUUCUUCACAGUAGGCUUUUCCAUCUAGUGUACUUCUCAAAAGGCUGCUAGCUUUAUCUUCUACUUGCCGGGUGGCUUGCCUUUCUUUCCAUAAGAGAAGAAGAGUUAUUUUUUACAGGUAUAGGACCUAUUAUCUAGAAUGCUCGGGACCUGGGGUUUUCCGGAUAAGGGGUCUAUCUGUAAUUUGGAACGUCCUACCUUAUGUUUGUUGAAAAUCAUUUAAACGUUAAAUAAACCCAAUAGAAUUGUUCUACCUCCAAUAAGGAUUAAUUACUUCUUAGUUGGGAUCAAGUACAAGAUACCAUUUUAUUAUUACAGGAAAAAAGGAAAUAUGUUGUAAAAUUUUGAAUUAUUUAAUUAACGUUGAGAUGACCUUCCCGUAAUUCGGAGCUUUUUGGAUGACGAGUUUCCACAUAACGGAUCCUAUACCUGUACAAUGAUUUACAAAUCCCUCUGCUGCUUUUCUGUCACUUCAAUUAUUAAAUUUGAAUUUCUGUUUUUAUUCCCUCCCCCCAUCCAUUUUUAAUUUUUAGAAGGUACACUCGCGCGCACAGUCAUGUCUGUUGUUAGGACACAGCAUUAGUGUGAGAGGAGGUCCCUGGACCAUAUUGUGUGAUAAUCAUUCCUAGGCAUUAUUUACAUAUAUUUACUCCCCCACCCCAGCUGCUGCUGAACUGUAACCCCCAGCAACACACCCAACUGUAAAAGGCUCUCUCCGGGUUUUGCUGGGAUUUAGCUCAUCAAAUCCCUGAUUUAAAUCAUUUAGCCUCCCUUCUUGAGCUGGCGGAAUACAAACCCCCCGCACCUCUGAACCCCUUCUUUUUCUUUUUGCCAAUUAACAAAGCACUUGAUCAGGUGACCCAUUCUGCUGAGAACAAGCUCCUUAACAACAAAUCACCAGAACAGUUCAAAAGUUGCAAACGCGUCUGAUUAUUCCAACAGAGUUCCUAUCUAUGAAUAUCUUUUUUGUUUUAUUGUUUUUCCUCCGUGCGCUGGUUUCUACAGAAGCGCCGUGAAUAAAUUUUGCUGUUGCUGUAAGACAGUGCCAAGUGCCAUUUCUUCCGAGAGGAAUGUUCCCAAGACAAAAUAAAUGACACAUAAUGGUUAUCUAA